AGUGUUCAUUCGUCCCGUCGUUUGCGUUAACGUCAAGGAGCUGAUCUGAACAUCCACAAAUGUAGAUCCAGGAAGCUGAAUUGGAAGCGUUCGUGUCGGGUCUCGUAACCGUAUGGACCUCACCGCAUCGCGCCUUUCCGAACCCGGGUCGGAGGACGGAAAUGCGGACAGAGAGAGAAGAGGACUGCCGCUGUCACCGGCGGUGAAAUGCUCUCAUUUGUCCUGAGCCAGCCUCUGACGUCACAGCCAGACAACAUCAUCGUUAAACUUUCAAAAUGAGGCUCUUUCUGUCUCUGCUCAAAAAUGCCCACCCGAAAAUCGAGUACUACUCCCGCUAUUCCCCAUCGCCGCUCUCCAUCAAGCAGUUUUUGGAUUUCGGAAGGGAUAAUGCAUGUGAAAAAACCUCCUACGUGUUUCUGCGGAAGGAGCUGCCGGUGCGGUUGGCCAACACCAUGAGAGAGGUUAACCUGCUGCCUGAUAAACUGCUGAGUCAGCCCUCCGUCAGGUUGGUCCAGAAAUGGUACAUGCAGAGUUUUGUGGAGCUGCUGGACUAUGAGAACAGGAAGCCAGAGGAUCCUCACACUCUGAAUGACUUCCUUGAGGUCCUAAUCGAGAUCCGGAACCGGCACAACGAUGUGGUUCCCACCAUGGCUCAGGGAGUCAUAGAGUACAAGGAGAAGUUUGGCUUCGACCCCUUUGUCAGCAGCAACAUCCAGUAUUUUCUCGACCGCUUUUACACCAACCGCAUUUCUUUUCGCAUGCUGAUCAACCAGCACACACUCCUGUUUGGUAACGACACCAACCCAGCCCAUCCGAAGCACAUUGGCAGCAUCGAUCCAACCUGCAAUGUCGCCGAAGUUGUGAAGGAUGCCUAUGACACUGCCAAGAUGCUGUGUGAGAAGUACUACUUCGCAGCUCCAGAGCUCAAGAUCGAGGAGUUUAACAUGAAGGCUCCUAAUAAGCCCAUCCAGGUGGUGUAUGUCCCCUCUCACCUGUUCCACAUGCUGUUUGAGCUCUUCAAGAAUUCAAUGAGGGCGACGGUGGAACUCCAUGAGAACAGUGCAGAGGGAUUACCCCCUGUGAAAACCAGAGUCACUUUGGGUAAAGAGGAUCUCUCUGUAAAGAUCAGCGAUAAAGGAGGAGGAGUACCUCUGAGGAAGAUCGAUCGUCUGUUUAACUACAUGUACUCCACUGCCCCGACACCAAGCCUCGAGCCGGGAGCUGUACCACUGGCUGGUUUUGGCUAUGGCUUACCGAUCUCUAGACUCUAUGCUCGGUACUUUCAGGGUGAUCUGAAGCUCUACUCCAUGGAGGGAGUUGGCACCGAUGCUGUCAUCUAUCUGAAGGCUCUGUCUAGUGAAUCCUUCGAGCGCUUGCCAGUCUUCAACAAAUCAGCAUGGAGGCAUUACAAGACCAGCCCUGAGGCGGAUGACUGGAGCAACCCCAGCAAAGAACCACGUGACGCCAGCAAGUCUAUAUACAAAGCCAACAGAUAAUCGGUCUGCCUGGCCUGCUGCUGUAGCCCUCGGUGGAGCCUGAACGCUGACGUGUUGCCCAUGGGGUGGUACAUGGUUAAGGAUCCUACUUCCUUUUACAUUCCACUGUUAAGGGGUCUGUUAGUGUGGAGGGGGGUGACCUCGACCUUAACCUACACUCAAUGGCAACAUCCUGAAUCCGUAUAGUUUUUUGUGUUUAUGGCUCAAAUGUAAGCAUGAGCCUUCUUUUGAUUGUAGAUCCCCCUACGUGUAACUCCAUUAACGUGUGGCCGGUUAUUUUAGGGGAUUAGGACACGUUUAGAUGCUGUCCUCCUGCAACAUUCACUCCAUCACUCCCCCCCAGCUUGUGCAGUUUGACUGGCCUCAGCUUUGCUGAGUCGGUCGUUGCUGGCGUUGCUGUGGCUGAAUAAGCCACACACUGCUGAGUGUUUUCCUCUCCAUCGGUAAGAGCCAGUGUUCUGUUUCCUCCUCUCCAUCUGCAGGAAAGUGUCAGGCGGGGUGAGGUUCAGUACGAACGUGAACAAAAGGAGGUUUCAUUAUUUUCCCCUUUGGGGAAACGGUUUCCAUUGAGUGCAGUUAGCAUGGAGAAGUCUUAUUUGGGUUUCACUUUUUCAGGGGGAAAAAUAAAAUGUUUAUAGUUGGGGGGAGGGGGGAUGGCACCUUUCAAAAUAAAAGACAAAGGAAACCAUGCAUCACUUUAUUAUUUUUGACGAACUAGAAGUCAGGGAUUUUUAUUUUAUUUUUUUUAAAGAAGGAAUUACUUCUAGAAACUUAAUGUAUAUUUGAUGUGUUUUUUAUGUGUUGAUGGCCCUUAAGGGUUUAAAAGGGAAGACAUGAAAAAUAAACUAUAUUUUUAGCGUUUUCAUCUUCAGGUUUUCCCACUAAAAUUAACCACCUGCAGGUAAUGGUUCAUCCCUGCGUUCUAACUGAACCACCUUUGAAGGAAGAGGGGAGCUUCUGUCAGGUUCUGUCAUUCCAGCACUGUUUGCCGAUUGUUUUUUGAAAGAAAUUGAUCUUAUCUGUCCAUCUUUGGACACUUUAUGUCAUUUAUGGUGUUGCCUGCUUGUCAUGGUGAGAAAAACCACAUCCUCAUGCUUAACUUGCAUCUUUGGGUUGAUUUAGUCAGCCUUGUGACUAACUCUUCUCAGUUUUUGUGGAUGAAAUUGGACAGAGUUAGCAUUUUUCAAAAUGCACUUGUAUUUUUUUUUUACAGGUAAAGAUUCUAUCAAAAGAAAAUGCAGCUAGAAUACCUAAUAGUUUUUGAAGUGUUGAAGAUUACCUUUGUAGAAUUUCUUUUACUUUAUAUGUUCAACAAGAAUGGUUUACGUAGAGCUAAAUCUGAAAAUUAUGACCAGAAGAGAACCAUGUGUAGCCAAAAUAAUAUUUCCAGUGUCUGACUAUGACUCUGAUGGGUCAUUAUCAGUAUCUUUUCAUUACUUUUUCUCUUCAGAUUAUAAUUGAAAAUCAUUUUAGUAAAAUCCCAACCUUUUGGGGGGGAUAUUCCAAAACUUGGUAUAUUAAAAGCCCACGAUGGUAAGUUUCGACUGACUUUAUUUUAUUUUCUCAUCUCCUUCAGCUUCGUCUGAUGCAAAACAGCAGAAGAAUUCCCUGUUCGACUGUGUGUAGGCUCAUUUCAAGCCUCUGUGUCAGAGUUUAUCCCUGCCAAUGCCUUAGAAACCUGCCAGUCUCAUCGAGUGACAUUGCUUCUAUAAUAGAAAUGUUUGACUAUAGAGUAGCAGUUGUAACUGUGAGACUAUAAAAAUCCCACCUUAUUAAAAAUGAAAAGCAGAAUCAUUUUCCAACUCAGAUGAUAAGCUUCACUGUCAAAGACGGCCUUUGGAGCGUUUUGGAGAAUAGUGCACGGAAAAUGUCACGUGUGAUGCUGUGUGAACAGUGUGGUGUGACCCACUGUGUUUUCCAUCCUGCUGUACAUUGUGCUUAAAUUAUGUGUCUGCAUGAACCUUCUAAUAGAAGAGGCAGCCAUGCAUAAUAUGCGAAACCCACCCAAAAAAAAGGAGGGGGGGGGGGGCAGGUCCAUCCUAUAAUGGAGCAUGAGAUCCAUUUACUGUAUCAUUGUCCCACUUGAUAAUAAAGAAAAGUCAGUGUGA